ACCAACACAUAAUUAAAAAUAGACUGAGUAUGGUGGCCCAGACCUUUCAUCCCAGUGCUUAGGAGAAAGAGUCCUUCAUGAGUUCAAAGCCAGCCUGGUCUGCAUAGUGAAUUCCAGGCCAGCCAGAGCUAUGUAAUGAGACCCUGUUUCAAACUAAAAUUCAGUGGAAUAAAUGGGUUGUGCAUGUGACUGUCUAAGGUGGCAAAGAUGACAGCUUCCAUAAGAAAUAGUCACUUCUUAUUUUCAGCCACGAUAAACAAAAUGCCUUAAACUACUAGCUCCCAGCUUUUUCUACCAGUCUGUCUUUUUACUGAGGCUUUCCAAGAAUUGUGAUGGAUGCAUUAGUUAUUUUUCUCAUUGCUGUUGACAAGAUACCUGACACGAAGCAGUUUCAGGGACAAAAUGUUCUUUUUGGAUUACAGUCGAGGGGCUUACACUUCAUUAGGUUGGGAAAGGCGUAGCGGAAUGAGGGAAGGCAGCUGGUCACACUGCAUCCACAAUCAGGAAGCAAAUGAUGAGCGGACUGGGUUACAAAAGUCCAAGCCCAGGCCCAACGAACUACGUCUUCCAUCAAUGCUCUACCUCCUGAAGAUUCAGCAACCUUCCUGAACCAUGCCACUAAUCGGUAGGGACCAAGUGUUCAAACAUAUUUGCCUGAAGGACACAGGUCGGAUUCAGACUAUAACAAUGGAUAUUCAGGAAUGUAUAGGUGUGUCAGGUUUGGUCCUCAAGAUAACUCAUGAGGUAGUCACAUGUACUGUGAAUAAAGAUGUAUCUUAAAUAUGAAUGACCAGAGAACUUUAUUAUCUUUAUUCUUAAGCCUCUCGGAUGGGGGCUGGAGAGAUGGCUUAGAGGUUAAGAGCACUGACUGUUCUAGAGGUGCUGAGUUCAAUUCCCAGCAACCACAUGAUGGCUCACAACCACCUGUAAUGAGUUUACAUUUAAAUAGGAAGGCAGAUGAGCCAGUGAAAUGGACUUGUGAUUGAGCAUAUAGCAAGGUGAUGCUACUCUUGCUAUGAGGAUGUCCAAGCAAAGCACAGCAUUCAUUUCAAAACUGUUUAUUCUGCAGCCAAAUUUGAAUGAUCUUGGCUGGGAACACAAUAUUUGGGUUGCCCCAAACUCUGUGUUCCAACAUGGAAAUGAGUACAUGAAGUUCUUAUGGUUACAAAACAAAAGAAAGUAAUAAAUCAAGGCCCUUUUCUGAUGCAUUAUUGGAAAUAUCAGGUAAAUCUCUCAAAUAGCAGGGAAAUCUCUGCCACAGUCUCUGACGCUGCAAUCUGAUGAGAUUCUUAGCUUUUGGGUUGGUGGAGGCUAGUAGUUAGUAUGAAGAAAAACCUCAUGUGAUAGUCACAAGGGCAUGAGGGCAGAUGCAGAGAUGGUAAUGAACAGUUAUCAAAGAGGCUAGAAAGCCCAAGAUAAUUUGGCUCUGUAUCUACAACAUUUCAACUCUCUACAAACAUGAAGUUGUAAUUAGUCAGUAUCAACCUUGUAGAAUCUUUAACAGAGCAGUGUCUGUUUGUCUUGAAAUUCAAAUUCAGAUAUGGUUAGAGAAUGCCUUUUAAAAAAACUUAAUUUUUUGAAGAUAAGGGGUUAGUGGCAAGGAAAUCAGUUUGUCAGAACAAUUAAUCAGUAUUUCAUUCCUUUGCCAUAGGGAAUGGUUCCAUCACCUGGGUCAUAUCAACCCAGUCUGGAUUUUUACAUAGGUUGGGAGCAAGCACAUUCAUGCAACUGUGCACCUAGGAAAAAUACUUACUUUAAAAGGAACCGUGACCCUGUCCUGUUUACUUCAGUUGACCUUCAGCACAAAAGUGGGCUGGUGAUCUCGCUUGACCACCUCACAGUUGCCCAGCACCAAUAACAAUGUAUACCCAUGGGCAAGAGUGCUGGGGCACAUCUUCAAGUCUUCAGUGGGCCACAUUUUGGAAUAAGGAUCUGCAGCGCUGGCAGGUCUGAGACUUGGUGUAGCUCAUUGCCUCUCAGAGGUCUAGGUGCCCGCCGACUUUCAUUGCUCCAAGAAACCUAGAGAAGAAACCUAGAAGGAACCCUUCCCAUUCUUAGCACCCGGAGAGCUCUGAUGGUCUGCCCAGCUCCUCAAGCCCCCAGUACACUGAACCCUUCCCGGCCGCGCCCCUGCUCUGACCGCUUGUGAAGCUCCUCGAGGUCCUGUCCCCUGCCCUGAACGCACACAGAGCCCCUAGAGGACCCCACCCCGGUUCUGACAGCACGUGGAGCUCCUCGAGAAACCGCUGCUCUGACAGCAUACCAAGCUUCUCAAUGUCCCUGCACAGGUUCUGACAGCGCUCUGAGCCCCUCAAGAAACGGCUUUCCGAACUCUGCACCGCCAUUCGCGCUUUCAGCGCCUGGAGCACCUUCUGGAACUACCUCCCGAGCUCCGCCUGGACACCCCUCUACAAUUGACAGUUGAGCACUACAAGCUCUAUUUUUCGAGCUCCGUCCCUCUCCCAGUCCUGCCUUGCUGGGAAGAAGCUCAGCGACCCGCCUCCCGGACUCCACUCCGCCCCCUGCACGGACGUGCCUUGGAGCACCCCGAGGUCCUUGUUCACGAUCUCCGCCCGGCCCUCUGCUCUGACAGGCAGUAGAGCACGUCCAGGCUGUGCCCUACAUCGCCCCCAGGUUCUGAUUGGCCGGAAAGUGCCUUGUGGCCCCGCCUCUCGUACGCCCCGCCCUCCGCUCGGAAAAUCCCGGAGCAUCUCGAGGCCCCGCCUCCUGGGCUCUGCUCCGCCCUCUUCUCUAAUUGCGCUCGGAGCACCUGGCAGGCGUGUCCGGUCCCAUAUCCCGCUAAGACAGCGUCCCAUGCACCUUGGAUCCACCCGGGACUGACUUCUGCGGGUACCAUGACAGCGCCCGUGUUCUUCGGUUGCGCCUUCAUCGCCUUCGGGCCCGCGCUCGCUCUCUACCUCUUCACCAUCGCCACCGACCCUUUGCGAGUCAUCUUCCUCAUCGCCGGUGCCUUCUUCUGGUUGGUGUCUCUGCUGCUUUCGUCUGUUUUCUGGUUCCUAGUGAGAGUCAUCACUGACAACAGAGAUGGACCAGUACAGAAUUACCUGCUCAUCUUUGGAGUGUUGCUCUCUGUCUGUAUCCAAGAGCUGUUCAGGCUCGCAUAUUAUAGGCUGUUAAAAAAAGCCAGCGAGGGUUUGAAAAGCAUAAACCCUGAGGAGACAGCACCUUCGAUGCGACUGUUGGCCUAUGUUUCUGGCUUGGGCUUUGGAAUCAUGAGUGGAGUGUUUUCCUUUGUGAACACCCUGUCUAAUGCCUUGGGGCCAGGCACAGUGGGCAUUCAUGGUGAUUCUCCUCAGUUCUUCCUUAAUUCAGUUCCAAUCUCAGCCUCUCCUGUGGACAUCAGUGCUGUCAGCCUCUCAAGUGAAUCCAUUCUCCGUGCAGCCAGCAAGUUAAUCUUCCCCGUUUGAAAGGUCUUGACUUUCUGAGGCCUACAGCAUCCAGUUCAGACCCUGAGACUCCAGCUCGGACUUAAGGGAAAGUGUGUUAAUAGGUCAUGCUUAAUGUUGCCUCCAACAGAGCAGCCUACCUUUGUAAAUAUUUCUAAACUGGGAUAUUUGACAUAAAAUUUAAAUGGUAAUAAUGUUAAGUUUGUAGUUUUAAUAGCUAAAGUCUGUUACUGCUUCGUUUUUUUAAAAUUAGAUAUAUUUCUUUAUUUACGUUUCAAAUGUUAUUCCCUUUCCCAGUUUCCUGGCCAUAAGCCCUCCCUCCCCUCCCCAUUCCCCUGCACUGGGGGUCAAACCUUGGCAGGACCAAGGGCUUCCCCUUCCCCUGGUGCUCCAACAUGGCUAUUCUCUGCUACAUAUGCGGUUGGAGCCCUGGGUCAGUCCAUGUGUAGUCUUUCGGUAGUGGUUUAGUCCCUGGAAGCUCUGGUUGGUUGUCAUUGUUGUUCUUAUGGGGUUGCAAGCCCCUUCAACUCUUUCAAUCCUUCCUCUAAUUCCCCCCAAAGGGGGUCCUGUUCUCAGUUAGGUGGUUUGCUUCUAGCAUUGACCUCUGUAUUGGACAUACUCUGAAUGUGUCUCUCAGGAGAGAUCUAUACUGCUUCAGUUUUGUGAAUAUUCUUUAAGUUUACAUAUACUGUUUAAAGAACUUUUAUCUUUCCAUCCUCCUGUAUUGCUGGCUUCUGUCCUCUAGAUGGUGCCAACUCCCUUCAGAAAACCAGCUGCUUUCAAGGCCUGCCUCAAAGGAGUGGCUUGGAAAAGUAGAUUAGUUCCUAAAAUGGUAAUCAGGAUAAGCGGGGGCGUGCGGGGUUGUUCAUUAGCAUCUCUAUCUAUGUCGGCUGUGUUAAUGAUGCACACACUGUAUGAUACCUGUAUACAUGGAUUUUAAUGUUACAGACAGCCCCAGUUUAUGGAGUGAACUUGUUAACCCUUUGCUCUCUGUGGAGCAGGCCAGCAGUAAGUUAGUCUCUGCCACUUUCCCGAAGUUCACUGGGGAGGGAAGGAAGUAUGGGAUUGGGGUUCAAGUCAUAUCCUAACUCAUUAAUUUAAUACUCGUGGACAAGUCCUUUCCAUUAUUUAACUACUAUUCUAUAAAUAAACAUGAACGGUUUCCCCACACCUUCUGCCCAGGAUGGAAUAAAACCAAACACUGUGGA